ACACCAUGAGUACUACGCCUCAGGAAGACGCUGACCGGAUCCGUCUGAAGCGCCUCGCUAAGCUGCAGGGGGCCGCGUCCGCGAGCACCACCCCCACCGCGUCCACCUCUGCCUCGCCGGCUCCGUCACCCACGCCACCCCAGCCUAAGCCUACACCUCCUCCACGGGCACCCGUUGUGCAAAAGCGGCCAGCGGCACCGCCCGUAGCUGCGCCCCCACCUGCGCCAUUGAAGAGGAAGGCACCGGCUGUGGCCGCGCCCGUGCAUCUCGAUCUACCGACUUGGGAGGAUCAGACUAUCUCAAAUGUGUUCAAUGUCACACUCAAGAAAGAGGUUGCGGAGAGGACCGCAUAUGAAGUGGUGUGGCUGAAGUCCUUGGCGGAAGAACUGCAAGGAGAAGGUGUACCACUUCAACUCAGUUCCGAAAUUGCUGACCGGACCCUGAUCGCACGCUUGGAGAUGGACCCACAAUCAAUGUCUGAUGAUCUUGAAUACUUGCCCGUGUUGGCAUCGCUUCCACCGCAACAAACCGUGACUGAAUAUCUAGUCAAGUGUUGGAAACGCUUGAACACGGUCAGAGCUGUGCUGCCUAGGAAGAACUAUAUCCCGCUAGAACAACAACAGGCCUCAGAGAUCCUGGACAAGUUGCGCGACCUGAUCAUUAGCUACACUGGCUUGACUCUUCAGGAACCGGAGAUGUUCCCUCAGCCGCCUGGGAAACUCCUCGGUCCAGCAGAACUCGUCCCCUCGCUUAUGUCUCUCUCAACACUGUCGGGGCCAUACCUUGCAGCAUCGGCGUCUCACACACUCCUCGAUGGUUCGGAAAUCGAGCAGUUCCUGCAAGAUCUUGCACGACGCUUCGAACCCGACAAUGAGAUCGACGGCGUGCUUGGCCCGGUGGUCGCGCAGCUCUGUUUCCACCCCAGCGUCCGGGAGGGCUUUACGAACGACGGAUGGCGCAGCGUCGUCAGCGGCUUGGAGGCGCUGAUCAGUGUCAAACCGAUUGCAGCCAUGAUCACUAGGUUGCCGGAGUGGAAUCCUGAGAACGUGCCUGCACCCUUGUUCGAGAAGUCGAGCUUGCUUGGCCCGUUGCUUUCACUGGGAGUAUUUGAGCGGGAGUGGCCAUCCAUCGCGAAGACCUACUUCUCAAACCACGAAACACGGCCACAAGGGGAGAUGAGCUCUGCGACUGCCAGUCUUCGCGGAACGCUCAAGACUGUCCAGGCAUCUCUAUUCCAAAUCUUCAACUCUUUGGUCCGUGCCUCUGCAGAGUCAAGAGAGGGCGUCUUGCAAUACUUUGCACGAGCAAUCAACAUCAACCGGAAGCGUGCUGGCAUGCAGGUCGAUCCAGCCACGGUCUCAACGGACUCCUUCAUGAUGAACUUGCAGAUCAUUCUCCUUAUGUUCUGCGAGCCGUUCAUGGAUGCUUCAUACAGCAAGAUGGACCGGAUUGACAACGCCUACUAUGCGCACUCCUCCCGGAUUGACCUCAGCGACGAGACACGUAUCAAUGCUACCAAUACCGAGGCUGACGAAUGGCGCCAGCAACAGGCACCAUCGACAGCACCACCCAACUUCAUCACCGAGAUUUUCUAUUUGACGCUUGCUGCAAGCCACAUCGGUCAGCAAAAGAUCGUCAACGUCGUCGAAGAGUUGGGGAAGCAGUACGAUGAAAUCCGACGGCAUCUGGAGCUGUUGAACGGGGAUCAGUCUUGGAGAGGCACGCCUGGUCAAGCACAGACUGAGGCGGCCAUCAACGCGGCGAAGGCACAGCAAGAUGCGAUAUAUGCGGCAGAGAAGGCGUAUGAAGCCCAACUGGGCGAGCCCGAGCUCAUCUUCCGCACGAUCUCGUUCGUGAACUUCGUUUCAACUUGGGUUAUCCGAUUCGUCGACCCGCGCAAGAAGCAUCCCAACCCUCCCAUCGACCUCCCGCUGCCGAAGGAAGUUCCGACAGCGUUCCGCGUCCUACCUGAGUAUGUUAUUGAGGAUGUCAUCGAGUAUCACCAGCACAUCAUCCGGCAUAGCCCCAAUCAGCUUGAGUUGUCGGGGAAGAACGAAAUGCUCCUCUGGUGUCUGACCUUCCUCAGCUCGACAUGGUACAUCAAGAACCCGUUCCUGAAGGCGAAAAUUGUCGACGUGCUCUUCUUUGGGACCUGGAGUUGGGCCGAGCAUCGUAGCGUGCUCACUACCCUGCUCAACACUCACCCGGUUGCGUUGAAGCACCUCAUUCCCGCACUCAUGAACUUCUACAUUGAGGUCGAACAGACGGGCGCGAGCUCCCAGUUCUACGAUAAAUUCAACUCUCGCAGGAGUAUCGCGCACGUUUUCAAGAUCAUCUGGAACAACCAAGCCCACCGUGAUGCUCUGAAGAAUGAAGCAGCACACAACUCCGACCGAUUCGUGCGCUUUGUCAACCUGAUGAUCAACGACGUCACGUACCUCCUCGACGAGUCGCUCUCCGACCUCGCGAAGAUCCACGAGCUCCAGACCGAGAUGAAAGACCGAGCGACGUUCGACGCGCAGCCAGCGCCAUACCGUCGCGAGCGCGAGGGCCAGCUACGCACGCUCGAGCGGCACACGAGCACAUACGUGCAGCUCGGGAGCAACACCGUGGACCUGCUCAAGAUCUUCACCGGCGAGACAAAGUCGCCGUUUAUGGUGCCCGAGAUUGUGGACCGCCUCGCGGCGAUGCUCGACUACAACCUCGACGCGCUCGUAGGCCCGCGGUGCCAAGACCUGAAGGUGUCCGACCCGGAGAAGUACAAGUUCAACCCGAAGCAGCUCCUCAGCGACCUACUGCAAGUGUACCUCAACCUGAGCGACCAGGGCGAGUUCGCGCGCGCGGUCGCGGCGGACGAGCGCAGCUACAGGAAGGAACUGUUCGAGCAGGCCGCGGGCAUCGCGCGGAGGAAGAUGCUCAAGUCCUCGGACGAGAUCGAGAAGCUGGGGCUGUUCGUGCUGAAGGUCGAGGAGACCAAGGCGACACUGCAGGCAGAAGAAGACCUCGGAGAAAUCCCUGACGAAUUCUUGGACCCGCUGAUGUACACCCUCAUGCGCGAUCCCGUUACGUUGCCGUCCUCGAGGGUGGUCGUGGACAGGGCCACGAUCAAGUCGCACCUGUUGUCUGAUACGAAGGACCCCUUCAACCGCGUGCCUCUGAGCAUGGACGAUGUCAUCGCCAACGUCGAGCUCAAGCAGCGCAUAGACGCGUUCCUAUCAGAGCGACGCAACAAGAACACCGCGUUCGACAAGCCCGCCGAAGACGUCGUGAACAUGGAUAUAGCGCAAGAGUAAAACCGUCAUGUGUAGCAUAUUUGUACGCCAGUCAUUGUACCCGUUUGAACAUCAUCAUACCAGUGCCAGAACAAUCCCUCGAAUAUCAGUGCUGUCUCCCGAGCCCCCUAGCAGAAAUGUGUAGUUGUAGUAGUGGACAUCAGUCGAUAACUGUGUAGCAGAGCCAUGUGUUCUAGAAUACAGGAGCGUCUCGCAGGAAGAGCCGUUUCUCCUCCUUCUGCACCCAUCGCGCGAUUGAGUUCGCCGCACCUAUCGCUGCACUCUUAGGUAGGUUUGGGGACAGUGCAAGGUAUAGUUCGAACGGCUGCGUGAUCCAUCCCAUUACGCUCUCUUGGCUCGUACGGAUGUACUGCAACUUGAGAGUGCGCUCCUGGCCGGACUUCGCGUGUAUAGCAUCGAACAGCGUCUGGUAUAGCGUGAUGAGGCGGCGCUUCUCAUUGAGACUGUCGUAUGGCUCCUCAUAGGUGGGCAUCGUGAUUUGCACGUGUGAUCUCGACUUGUAGACGAAGUGCCGCAGUCCGGGCACGCCCAGGCUAGACACGGAGUACUCGGUAUCGCCCUGUAUGAUGGCCUUGGACAGCGCCCUCAAUAGGCCGUCGCUGGCGAGUCUCUGAGAGACCGUCUCGCACCACCCCCUGACUGCUUCGAAGUCCGCGUUCCCCACACAGACAAGGCCCACCUCGGCGCCGCGACCAAUGGCGAUGCCGACAGGCAUGCUCUGCCCGCUCGACGCAUCGUCCUUUUGUUGUGUUUCCUCGGC